AGCGAUACUUCGGUUCGAGGCUUGUAACGAUUCGGAGGUGCACGACAGGUUAGCCCAGCUCAGAUCAGCUCUGUCCGGCUCAGAAAUUGAACGUUCUUUUAGUGAGCGGCGCGAGCGAGUGAUAAAAUUUGGAUCGCGAAUUGUGGCAGAAUUUCGAGAAACAACUGAACACCUUAAAUCGCACUUAAGUGAAUUUUAAUUGACGCCUCGACGUGAAUUUUCAUCAGGCUUUUGGCUUUGGCCAGUGCGGUUUAUGGGCUCGUUAACGGGAAUGCAUAUAUCACACUGCUGGCUGUGGACGUGCCUGCUGCUCCUUGGCGCAGCGGGAAUGGAUGCGUCGGUUGACUACUUUGCCUAUGCUCCCGGCAAGUGCGAAGUGUCCAUUUCGGAUGUGAUCCAGGGCAUGAUUACCACUGAGGCUGGCGUCCUCCUCGGAAGGCCCCGUCCUUCGCAAACAAAGCUGCUGCGGUACGAUCUUUAUACGCCCCUCAAUCCGGAGGAGCGUCAACUGCUGCGACCAGGAGAUCUGACCAUGCUAAGGAACUCGCACUUUAAUCCCAAAUGGCCAGUUAGGGUCUCAAUUCAUGGCUGGGCGGGAAAGAGUGUCACCUGCUCGAAUGCCGCCAUCAAGGAUGCCUACCUGUCCCGCGGCAAUUACAACGUCAUAAUUCUGGACUGGAGUCGCCAGUCGUUGGACAUCAGCUAUCCACGUGUGUCUAAGCAGCUUCCGUCGAUAGCUGCCAAUGUGGCCAAAAUGCUGCGGUUUCUCCAUGACAACACAGGAGUUCCUUACGAGCAAAUCUACAUGAUUGGACACAGCGCCGGCAGUCACAUCUCUGGAUUGACUGGAAAGCUGUUAAGGCCAAAUCGCCUUGGUGCCAUUUUCGCCUUGGAUCCCGCUGGUCUAACGCAACUCAGCCUGGGACCCGAAGAGAGGCUGGAUGUCAACGAUGCCUUGUAUGUGGAGUCAAUUCACACGGAUCUAACGCUGCUCGGCAAUCCGAGUACUAAGCUCAGUCAUGCCUCCUUCUUUGCCAACUGGGGCCUCGGGCAGCCACAUUGUCCCAACGCCACGGCUACGGAGUUUGAUUUUGUCUGCGACCACUUCGCGGCCAUGUUCUACUUUGCCGAGUCAGUCCGGCAACCGAAAUCAUUUGCCGCCUUGCGCUGCAGCUCAGCGAAAUCGGUGCUAUCGGCCACCUGCAACUGCAACGUCGGAGGCAGCGGAAAAUAUGCAGUGAAUACAUGCGCCGGCAACGAGUUCAUGGGCGGUGAACCGGCAGUCCCCAAAAGAGGUAUCUUUUAUCUGAGCACACGGCCGCAAUCUCCGUAUGGCACCAGCGAUGGGCUGGUCCACAUUAAACGACCCCGGCCGUCCACUAUUCGGGAGACAGCAAACCGGCGUUCAAUUGGCUAGAUCCAGAUCAACGGAAACCAUGAUUGCUACAGACCAAAAAGUGAUGUUUUUUUUUAUAUAAAUAAGCCUAGACUUAAACAAGAAUCUAUCCACCCAAAGAAUUCGAAUUAGUCAAAAAUUAUUUUACAUUUAAGUAAUCAUUCGGCAUAUCUUAUAAUAAAAGUGGAUCACUCCGCAGGUUUAUGGAGGUAAUUAAA